ACGCACGUUUGACGGAGUAGACCUGUAAAAGGUAACAAAUAAAAAAUGGAAAACAGCAAAUGGAUAGCUACGGUGGCGAGCAUAUGGAUUCAGUGCAGCUGCGGUGCUUCCUACGCCUUCGGAAUAUACUCCGCAGCCCUCAAAUCCAGUCAAGGUUACGAUCAAUCAACUCUCGACACCGUCUCCGUUUUCAAAGACAUCGGCGCUAACAUCGGAGUUUUAUCCGGUCUCCUCUACCACGUCGUCACCGAUCACAAACGCAGUUCACCUCCGUCGUCAUCUCGUUUCGGAUCCGGUCUUUCGGUGGUUUACUUGGCCGGAGCGAUUCAGUUCUUUGCCGGUUACUUCCUUAUGUGGUUAUCCGUUACCGGGGUCAUUGAGAAGCCUCAUGUCUCCCUCAUGUGCUUCUUCAUGUUCAUGGCUGCUCACGCACAGACUUUCUUCAACACCACAAAUGUCGUCGUCGCUGUUCAGAACUUCCCAGAUUACAGCGGAACCACCGUUGGCAUUAUGAAGGGGUUUCUUGGUCUAAGUGGAGCGAUACUGAUCCAAAUCUACCAGACGCUAUUUGAUGGCAACCCAAGCACCUUCUUGCUGAUGCUCGCUGUGUUUCCGGCUGCUGUGUCUCUUCUACUUAUGUCUUUGAUUCACGUAAAUCCAAUGAAUACGACCAACGACAAACACCAUUUGAAUGGCUUUUCAUUGAUCGCUCUAGCCGUUGCUGCAUAUUUAAUGAUCAUAAUUAUCUUUCAAAAUAUGUUUGUAAUCCCAUCAUGGGCUCACAUCCUUACAACCGUCGUUCUUCUGAUUCUGGUGUCUACACCUCUUCAAGUCGCGGUCUCAGCUCAAAGAAAGGAAAAACAACCGCCGUCACCCGCCAUGGCUCCGUUGAUUGUAGCCGCUGACAAGGACGGAGUGGUUGAAAUGAAUCUGGUGCAAGCGGUGGGAACUGUCAACUUCUGGUUACUAUCUGUAGCGAUGGUGUUUGGGAUGGGAUCGGGAAUGGCGACGAUCAACAAUAUAAGUCAGAUAGGCGAGUCUCUCGACUACUCAACUUUUCAGAUCAAUGCGAUGGUUUCUCUAUGGAGCAUAUGGAACUUUCUUGGCCGAUUUGGUGCUGGUUUUGUGUCUGAUGUGUUUCUACACAGAUAUGGAUGGGGGAGACCAUUGUUUAUCUCGCUGACACAAGCAGCCAUGGUCGCCGGCCAUUUGAUCAUCGGGUCAGGUGGGAAUUUGUACAUUGGUACAGUGAUCGUGGGCAUUUGCUAUGGAUCACAGUGGUCUUUGAUGCCUACAAUCACUUCGGAGAUCUUUGGAGUGAAGCAUAUGGGGACGAUUUUCAACACAAUUGCUGCGGGUAAUCCCAUCGGGUCGUAUAUACUUUCUGUGGGAGUGAUUGGUAGGAUUUACGACAUGGAAGCUGAAGCAGGAGGAGGAGGGCAGGACGAAUCCCCAAUCACUUUCUCUUCACUCUCACUCUAUCGUCCCCACCCACUGUUCUUACUUCGAUCAAUCCACGAUCAGAUGGCUGAAGAUGAUACACUGGUCGUUGAAGUCCAGUACAACGAGAUGUUCAUCAACAAACCAUUUAUCUAUUUUGAUCCAGAUAAAAAGGAGAUAAUGUACGCCGAUUUCAGGGAGAAGGGGUAUGUUGAAUUCAUUGCUCACCUCAACGUGAUUACUAGAAGAAUGUACAAAGAUGUAUACUAUUGUCCAGAUGGCCAAACAUUGUGUUAA